CUCAGGGUUUGUCGAGAGGAAGGACUGGAAGUAAGCGGAUACGGAUACGUUCGACUUUGUCAGUGAGGACUGACUUUCUGACUGGCGGAUUUCCGUUUGAAAUUUGUAGGGAUUGUGUUUUCUUCGCAGAGCGUCGUGCAACUUCGUGAAUGCAUCGGCGGUGAGGACACGCCUUGGUCCCCCCCGAGAGACUGUCAUGGCUCGUUACUUGAGAUAUUUCACCACAGUGGGAGAUGAGCGUCCUGUCCAGUGGGAGGAUGAAGAAUUGCACGUAGACAGUGAUGAACUGGGUCCUGCCACUGGGCAGUACCCUGCAACCUUAACGUUUAGGGAUUCUCUGAAAAGACUCUACAGCUCUGCCCGCUUCCAGGUGCUGGUGGUGUGUUUAGUGGUACUGGAUGCAAUUUUUGUUCUGGGAGAGGUGCUGAUCGAUUUAUCCAUUAUCCAGCUGGAACAUGGCCAUAUUGCACCUGAGGUGUUUCACUACCUGAGCCUGGCACUUCUCACAUUCUUCAUGGUGGAGAUAGCCGGGAAACUCUUCGCAUAUCGCCUUGAGUUCUUCCAACAUAAAUUCGAGGUGUUUGAUGCUUUGGUGGUGAUGGUGUCUUUUGUGCUGGACGUAGUCUUCAUCUUCCACGAUGAUGUAUUUGAUGGAAUGGGUCUCCUUAUCCUGCUGCGUCUCUGGAGAGUGGCUAGAAUCAUCAAUGGAAUUCUAGUGUCGGUAAAAACCCGUGCAGACCAGAAGAUGCACAAGCUGAAGGGGAGCUAUGACUUCCUUGUACAGAGAGUCACCGAACUGCAACAGCACAUUGAUCAACUACAACAAGAUAACCAGAAGCUUCAGACACUUCUCAAGAUGCAUGGCAUCGACUUCUGAUCGACAAUGAAUUUAAAUGAGUUCAUAUCAUGCAACUUCAUGUAUUUUUUUUCCGCAUAAAUCCAUGCAUUAAUUUCUGAAUUGUUUGAUCUGUUCAGCUUAUGAUUUCAGUUUUCUAUCUUCAUGAAUAAUACUUGAUUGUUUUAUCCAAUCGAUUCUUUGCCCUCUAUGUAAUUACAAUUUUCCAUUUGG